AUCUGUCAGCGAUGCUUAACAAUGACGGUGCCAGACCCAAGACUUGCGAUCACACUUCAGGUAGUGUGAUUGGCCACACUGUGCAGAUCCGGUCUGGUCGUCUCCACAUUCGACCAAUUUCUGCUGGCGGGAAUUUGUCAGUCGGAUGCAAAUUGCUUCCGCCGCACCAUCGCCGCUCAUCUAGAGCCGUCGACCUAGUCGUUAUCGAAACUCGACGGAAUUCUGUCUGCGAACUGGUAGCUGGCUCAGCCGUGCAUAGCCGACUUAGACACCUAUCAAUGUCCAGCUGCCAGUCCAAAACGAAUCGCCUGGUCCACCAUGCAGUGCUCGGAGGAAGCCGAUUCGCCACAUACGGAAAGACGCAGUCGAACUAGCAAUGCUUGCGUACAAUGCCAGAGAAAGAAGAAGCGCUGUGACGGCGGCAUGCCACAAUGUACUUCGUGUACAGAGCGCCAACUCGAGUGUACAUACCUCGGGGUCAGACGUCGCGGCCGAGGGAAAGCGAAAGUAUAUCUGGAGAAGCUCGAGGCCAUUGUUGGCGAAUUGGAGACUUCUUUCCGCGGGAAUUCGACGAGUGAUCCAGUGGAAUCAGUCAACAAUAAUAGUUCCAGCGUUGAGACCCAUGCGGACGAGGCCCAGUCUUCCUCCAGCUUGCCAGACGCAUUACCUCUUUUUGGGCCAGGGGCAAAAAACCCCCCUGAACUACACCCUGGCUCAGUUGACCACGACAAAGCACAGUCGGCGGUGAGAGAAAGGUUAAUCACAGCCCUCCACGAGCAAACAUCACCAGAAAAGCCCUGGAUGGCGCCAAAAAAGGGGCCAUUCACCAGUUCCAUCUUCAUCCAACUCCCUCCAAAGCCCUAUCUCCAAUUUCUGUUCGAAGUCACCUUUGUCGAGCCCUAUCCCAUGGUGCCAGUUUUCGAUCUUCACGUACUUCUACGCCUCUUGGACCAACACUAUUCCGACUCGCCGACUUUCUCCCUUGAGAAUUACCCGCAACGCUGGGCGAUGCUAAACACAGCAGUCGCCAUCGGAAUCCAGCUCCAGGCCGCGAAAGGGUCGGAAACCGAGAUGAUGGCAAUGUCAUGGCCGUUUUUUAAGAACGCGUUCGGCAUGUACGUUCCUAUUACUUUAAGAGGUGUGGAUAUAUUGGCCCUCGAAGCGCUUCUCGUCAUGGUUGCGUACAUGCAGGGAUCGAGUGAUUUACGAACGACCUCUGUGCUCGUAUCUUCGGCCGCACGGUUGGCGUUGACCCUUGGAUUGCAUCGAGAGACGUAUUAUUCUGGACUGGAUCUUGGCGCAGCGAAUUGCGCCAGGCGGGCCUUCUGGACUUGCUUUGUCCUUGACAGGGACAUGUCAACCAGGACAGGAAUGCAUUCGAAUUUCGACGAGGAGGCGAUUAGCGUUGAUAAUCUUGAUCUCAUUCAAGCUGAGCCUGCUGCAUCCUCAGCAGAGACUAAUGCUAUGUCAUCGUCUGCAGCGUCGACUCUCUUUCUCCAGUCGAGGGUCAAACUCGCAAUUCUCCGAUCCACUGUUGACAAACUGCUCUUUUCCAAAUAUGCCAGUGAACAGAGUGCCCCCCAGCUGUUGAGCAUCGUUGCUGAGCUCGAGCAUCAGCUGAUAAACUGGAAAGCCCACCUCCCAUCAACCCUCCGACCUGAUCACAUCAACCCGCCCACAACAACAAUGGGCAGGCAGCCUAUACUCCUGAUGCACAUGGCCUACUAUAGCACUCUCUCUGAAAUCCAUGGCUUUGCAGCGCAUCUCGGUUCCAAAGGCGAUAAUAGUAGUAGCAUCAUGUGGCAAGUCAGCACCGCGCGGAUCGCUCAGGUAGCAGCCGCGGUGGAAAUAAUCCGCUUACUUCAAUUCGUAUCGCGCGAAGAACAGCCGGGGCAUCUAUGGUGCGUAUACCUUGCCGAUCUGUCGAGGGUGAGCUGUUCUUCUAACGGAUUCAUUCUUAGGAAUCUUCUAUUGUACCCUAUGGCUGCAUGCAUCAUGCUCGUCUCGAUUGUUCUCGAGGGUCCCACGGAUACCCAGGCAUGUUCGUGCGCGCAGCACAUUGACGAUAUUGUCGCGUUCUUGCGAGGGUUGCAACAUGAUAGAGUCCUUGAUGUGCAAGGCCUACUUGAUCUAUGCGGCGCAUUUGAAACCCUGGUCCGCGAAGCGAUUUCGGGCGCGGUGGAUAGAACUGCGUCUUCGGGUCCACUCCGCAACGGCAUCAACCCAGGCCUUGACGCGCGCAGGCAGGUAUGUUGCGAGUCCUGA